AUGGAUCCCCACGACACGUACGAAAGUCAAGAUGAGUCAUCCAUGGUGAACACGAUGAAGAUGCAAAUGAAGAUUGACCUCGAAAAGCCUAUCAAGAAUAUUUGGAGUGAUUAA